UAUAUAUAUAUAUAUAUUAUUUUUUUUUUUGCCGUUUGUUGGUAGCGUCACUAACCCAUAAAGAACACAUACAAGUUAAAUGCACAUAUCCAUAUGUAUGUUAUGUCCAAGAGUAUUUGGACAGUAACAAGAGUUUUUAGGAUUUUGCCCGUGUCCCGAAUGAGGAUAAGCAAAACAAUAUCUUAAAUAUCAAAUAGUAAAAAAGGCAAAUAACUCAUUAGUUAAGGUCCAAAUAUGUCUGGAACUAACUGUAAGAAAUAUAAUAAGUCCAGGAAUAUUCUGUAUGUUACACGCCACAUCCUGGAAAUCAUGUUUAAUCAUAUUGAGUUGACAUAUUUUAUUGGCAACUCAGGACACUAAGCAUUGAAAUGAUGUUUAGCUCUAUUGGCGGGGUAAUCCCAAUACAGUAUAUAUUAUAACAAAACAAUAUAGCAAUGCAAAGAAAUACUAUAUGGAGAAAAUGUUCAAAUGUAACAUUUUUAAAAGGGUGCCUAACCAUACUGCUUUUAAAGUCAGCACAGUAUAUGACUUAUUCUCUUUUAUGCCAACUAUAUUGGAUUAAAGGAGUGUAAAGGUGACUUUUUGAGUGUUAUUUCAUGUCUAGGAGAUUCUAAUGAUGAUAACAACUGUAUUUAGAAAGCUGUAAACUGUUUUCUAUGCUCUUGCUAUAAAAAUUUGUCAUGAAUAUAAUCCCACUUUGUGGAAAAACAUGUAUCACUGCCAGGCCCGGAACCAAUUAACAUAGACUAUAUUCUAGGUCAAUCUUUGCAACAUUAAACAUUAAGGGGGUUGGAAAAAAAUAAUUCAUAUCCAAAUGGCAAUUGUCAUUUAUUUUGAUUUUGAAUAGAUUCAUCCUUUUCCAGAAUUGAUUUUCAUUUUAAGAAUUUUUUUGCCCUAACACCAGCAACAAGACAAGCUUUCAAAUGUAUUUAAAAAAAUAUAUUUUAUUGUAAUAAAUCGAGAGGAUCGUUUUGAAUUGAGAAUCAUAUCUUAAUCAAAUUGUCUAAAUUGUAUUGAGUUUAUUUAAAAAAACAUUCAGUAUACUGGAUAUUAUUAUUAUUUAUUUAUUUAAUUAGAAUUUAUUUAUUUUAGCACCACGUACAUGUAAGUAAUUGAUUGUUCAUCUGUGUUUUUUUUUAGUCUUUUCUUUUGCAGUAUACUGUAUUUGAUUAAGCCCUGAUAAUAAUAUUUAUGAUUAACAAAUGGUUUCAUAUCAUUUGACAAUGUUGUAAACUGUAUGUUUUUAGGUUUUGAAGUUACUUGGUUUGUCCCAAAAAAAAAUAGAUUUUCGAACAAUCUCGAUUCUUAUUAAUAACUAUUCUUAAUCGAUUAAGAAAAGUUAAAAAAAUGUAUAUAUAUUUUUUUUAGUCAGUCCUGUCCAGCCAUUCAGGCAAAUCAUAUUGUUGAUGUAGAUGAUUAUAUCUGCUGUACACAUUUACUUUAGAAAAGAGAAGUGUUAGAUACUUCUCUAGUUGCCUUAUUUGUGUUUGACUUUAUUAAAUGUUUUGGGUAGAAUUUUAUAAAACACAAACCGUUUUCUUUUAAAUAAUAUAGAAAUUCAUCAGAGCUGCUUAUCUAUUUUAUGGAGGAGUGUAGUUAUUCAUAGAACUGGCACCCAAUGUUAUUAAAAAAAAGUAUUGAUUUUGAAUCUAGAAUUGUUUUGAAUCGAAUUGUAUGAUACCCAAAGAUUCAUAGCCCUGUUAGAUAUUUUCAUGAAUAUGAUUAAAAUCAAGAGUAAGAUUACCAAUACAGUGUUAGUUUUUGAGUGGGCUUGGGGCCCCUCCGCAGUGGAAAAGUUUGGUCCCGAGUUAAAAAAGGAUAAAAACCCCUAAACUAGACCACAAGGACAUGUUUUGAAUGUAGAAUAAAAACACCAUGGAGCCCCUUGAAUGCAAUAAUACAGUAUUCGUGUCGUAAAGACACAAGUCCCCACGCUAUUAUUCUAUUGUUUGUCCUCUUCUACUGAUGUGGUAUAACUGGAAUUGGAGCUUGAGUUGAGUAUAAUUGUGUUUGAGAAAUUGCUGAAAGAAUGUAGAUAAAUAUAUACUUUAUUAUUCUUCAAAAGAAAAUCACAUUUCCAGCAUCUUUACAAAGUAUCAAGUUUAAGUUAUUUGUUUAUUAUAUGAUAUUAUUAUCAGUUGAAUGAUGCAAUCAGUUAAAAAAAAAUUCAAAUCUUGGAAAAAUAUUUAAAAAUAUAUUUUAAAAAAGAUCAAAAGGCAAUUAAAUAUGUUGAGCGCCAAUGUCUUAAGAAAAAGGAAGUAAAUUGUCACAAUUGCCACUUGUCAAAUCACACUUUUUAAUGAAAACAAAUGAACGAGCUGACCUGAGUUCCACACGGCAGCACAGAAAGAAUCCAUUCUAGUCCACGUCUUAAUUUUUGAGCUCAUGUUUCAUUGCUGUCCUCGGUGCAGGAUGCCAUCAGAACUCUAAGGUUUCAUCUAAAAAACAGACUUCACUGUCUUUGCAUUGGGCGCUGGAACAAAAAAAGUAGUUGUCAGGCAAUAUACUGCGAUUUUUUUUUUUUUUUUUAAUGAAAGAGCCUCAAAUGUGGGCAGGUGGGAUUGACUAUGUGGCUCCUGUGGAUCCCUCCACAUUGAAGCAGGUUGUAAAGGAAGAGAUGGUUCUCCUCACAGCUAAAACCAUGCAAAGGACGGCGGUCUUCGUCACCUUCGGGGGUCUCGUGACCUCCUUGAUCACAACCUUCCUACCGUUGUGGAAGACGAUGAAUUCGGACCUGAACGAGGUGGAAAACUGGUACUCUGGACUGUGGCACAUGUGUCUCUACACUGAGGAGGUUGGGGUUCAGUGCAAGACUUAUGACUCCUUGCUGGGACUUCCAGUGGACCUGCAGAUCGCCAGGGUGCUGAUGUUAGUGUCAGUAUGCAUCGGGGCUUUGGCGCUGCUGGUCGCUCUGCCGGGACUGGAUGGGAUCCACGUGUGUUUGGAGCAGCCUGGAAAGAGGAGACGGCUCCUGGUCUUGGGCGGGGUGCUGGCUUGGGUGUCAGGGUUCAGCACGCUGGUUCCUGUGUCCAUCGUUGCUUACAACACCGUGGUGGAGUUCUGGGACAGAGGUUUUCCCGACGUGAUGCCGCGCUGGGAGCACGGAGAGGCCAUGUUUUCAGGAUGGUUUGGAGGCCUGGCGCUGAUCACAGGAGGAACGCUUUUCUUUGUAGCGGUGUGCAUGGCGGACUACGACACGCACACACAUUGUGUGACGAACAACAAGACUCAUGUAACACACGGGACACAACACUACCGCAAGACUGAGGUUUUGUAAUUGUUUCUUCUAUGGCAUUUUUUUCCACCUGUCACCAGUUUUAGUGUCAAAUCCAAAAUGUGACUUCUGAUUGACAUAUGUUUCCAUAAUUAUGUGAUAUGUAAUUGUGUUGCUUUUGGUCAUUUGCAAGCCAAUCACAUUAAAAUGUUUGAUUUCCUAACCACUUGACAUGAAAAUUAAUGAGGUAGUGCUUGACCUUUGUGCACCCCUAAGGCCCAAAACAGGCAUUACAUGUGUUCCUUAUGUUAAAGUAACCACUAGGUGUGGCGAAAUUAUUCCGUGCAUUUGACUUAUCUCCCUUGCUCACCCCCUGGGAGGUGAGGGGAGCAGUGAGCAGCAGCGGGGGCAACGCCCGGGAAUAAUUUUUGAGUGGAGUUUGAGUUUAUUUCGAACAUGCAAGCAUACAACAUAAUACAUCAAAAUUUCCAGUUUCUCUUUUCAACAUGUUCGAAAAGGAGUAGGAAGAAGCAGAGCUUAUUUAAUCCUACCCCUUUUCUUUUACAUAACAGUUGCUAAAACUUUUGUUCACUUCCUGUUCUCAAUGUCUUCACAAUAUACUCCAUAAGUAAUCACAAUAAAAAUAAAUAAAUAAUUGUUGAAGUAAGUUUUAUUCCAUACGAUGAGAUAAGAUUAUUUUGAGAAUGAAAGUAUGAAUGGGCGAAUAAAUUCAGAAUGUUUAUCAUGAUUCUUAUUUUUUGUACUUUGUAAACACUUUAAGUUUGAAGAGUUUCUUGAAGUGAAUCAUAUUAGUACAUUGUUUGAUUGCUUUGCUUAAUCCAUUCCAUAGUUUAAUUCCACAUACAGAUAUACUGAAGGUCUUAAGUGUUGUACGUGCGUACAGAUGUUUUAAGUUACAUUUUUCUCUAAGAUUAUAUUUAUCUUCUUUUGUUGAGAAGAAUUGUUGUAUAUUUUUGGGAAGCAGGUUAUAGUUUGCUUUGUGUAUAAUUUUAGCUGUUUGCAAAUUUACUAUGUCGUGGAAUUUCAGUAUAUUUGAUUCAAUAAAUAAAGGGUUUGUAUGUUCUCUAUAUCCAACAUUAUGUAUUAUUUUAACUGAUGUUUUUUGUAACACUGUUAGUGAAUGAAGUGUACUUUUGUAAUUAUUUCCCCAUAUUUCUACUCUGUAACUCAGAUAUGGUAACACUAGUGAGCAGUAGAGAAUAUGAAGUGAUUUUUGGUCUAGAACAUAUUUAGAUUUAUUCAUUAUUGAUGUGUUUCUUGCAACUUUAUGUUGUAUAUUUUUUACUUGAGAUUUCCAGUUCAAUUUAUCAUCAAUCAUUAUACCUAGAAAUUUGGUUUUAUUUAAUCUUUCAAUUUCUAUUCCGUCUAUUUGUAUUUGUGAUUGACUUUCUCUUCUACCGUUACCAAAUAGCAUUAUUUUAAUUUUACUGAGAUUCAAUGAUAGUCUGUUUUUGUCAAACCAUUUUUUUUUUAUUUGUUCAUUUCUUCUGUUAUUAUUUGUAUUAUCUUCUGUGUGUUCUCUCCUGAACAAAACGCUGUUGUAUCAUACCGCAAAUAAUACUAACUUUAAAUCUCUUGUAACUUUACAAAAGUCAUUUAUUUAGAGAUUGAAUAAUUUAGGUCCUAGUACUGAUCCUUGAGGUACACCACAGGAUAUAUUUAGCGUUAUAUAAGUGUGUUCGCUUAGCUUCACGUAUUGUUUCCUGUUCGUUAGAUAACUUCUUAUCCGGUUUAAUACUAACCCUCUGAUGCCAUAUCGUUGUAGUUUUUUGAUUAAAAUAUUGUGAUUUUUUUA